AUGAAGGACCUUGGUCCUCUUAGCUAUUUCUUGGGUCUUGAAAUCUCCUAUGACUCCACGAGUUCGUUAACCUCUCAGGUUAAGUAUACCUCUGAUCUUCUUGCUCGUGCUCAUCUUACAGAUUGCAAGAUUACCUCCACUCCCCUAGAGACUCAGAGUCGUCUUACUCCUCUUGAUGGCACUUUACUCUCUGAUGAUACUCUCAAGAAACAAUCUCUUACUGCUCGUUCAAGUACAGAAGCCGAAUACCAUGCUUUCGCUAAUACUACUCAGGAACUUCUCUGGCUUCAUUGGCUUCUUGCUGACAUGGAUGUUACCCCCUCUGGUGCUACUGACCUCUAUUCGCGACCUCCCGCGGGCGGGGCGAUUUGCUUGGCGGCUACUAGCGAGCUUGGGAGGUACUUUCUGUCCCCUCGUUUUACAUUUCUGCUCUUCAUUACUUGUACAUUGCAUACACAGCGCACUUUUACAGUCUGUAUUUUGCUCUCAGCAUUUCGUACUUACAUUCUGCACUGUUUUUCUCAGCUAUGGGUUUAUGUGUACUUCCCAUCGUUAGCCCCAGAGCUGGAGGUGGUGGGGAUUCCCGUGACCCCAUAUUCAUUUAUAUUUGAGGGCCCGCACCGGGCGAGGCCUCGAGAGACCCUGGUUCGCCUGCGACAGUACUUCGACACUGUGCGGCACUCAGAGAUUACUUGGCAGCCUUGGGCACCCUUGGGUGGUGAUCUCCUGCUUCAGUAUACCGGAGCGUCAGGCAUCUCCCGGUAUAGGGUCCUGCUCGAAGGGCCAGUUGGCAGAGUCUGGUUCCUGGGGGAGCGCUUUCUGCGCCAGGUACAGGGGUAUCUUUCUCAGGAUAUUCCCGCAGUACCCCCAGCCAGUAUGCGGACUGCUGACAGACUUUCCUACUCAGAGGUGGUCGGCGCCAUGCUGGGCAGCGAUGCUUUGCUAUAUGUUGCGGAGGGAGACUACGCCACCUACCGUCACAUAUAUUUGAUGCCUCCAUUGACAGAAGCUCGUAUUCCGAUGAUGAGACCUGCCGGUAUGCCAUCCUCGGACCAGGCUCAGGCUCGGGGUACAGACAUCCCUUCUUCUAGUAGGGCUGGCACAUCUAGAGGUGGGAGUAGACCAUUUCCUCCGGCCCCGUCGAUUCAUCCUCAUGUCGGAUGGCCAGAUAUGCCCACUGAGUUGUUGGCAUGGCAGUAUGGGGCUAGCUCUCAGACCCCAAUCCCACUAGAGCCUCCGAUGCCCAGUGAUCGAUAUGCCAUUGAUCCGGACUCACCGCCGAUGUUUAGACACUCUUCUGUUCACUGA